GAAAACCAACACACCCAGACGCAUGCGGGGCGUCCCGGCCGGGCGGAGUCAGUGGCAGCUCUCCAGGUCCUUCCGGAGCUCACCGCCCGUCUGACGGAGACGCCUUUGACCGAGAGAGCAUGGGGGUCUACGAGGAGAAGAAGGAAACGUGCGGAACCAUCUGCCUGAAAUACCUGCUGUUCAGUUUCAACUUUCUCUUCUGGUUGGCAGGCGGCGGCGUGAUGGCGGUGGGCGUCUGGACCUUGGUGGAGAAGAGCGACUACAUCAGCCUGCUCUCCUCCAAGACCUACGCCGCCUCCGCCUACAUCCUGGUCCUGGCUGGAGCCAUCGUCAUGGUAACGGGCGUGCUGGGCUGCUGUGCCACCUUCAAGGAGCAGAGGAAGCUGCUGCGGGUAUAUUUCGUCCGGCUGCUGUGCAUCUCUCUCUGGGAGAUCCUGUCCGCCAUCCGGGGGUAUAUUUAUUAUCAGCAGUUGAACGAGGAGCUGAAGCAGAACCUGAGGGAGACGAUGACCCAGAAGUACGAGCAGAGCUCCCACGAACACGUCACCCGCGCCGUGGACAAGCUGCAGCAGGAGUUCAAGUGCUGCGGCAGCAACAGCUCGUCGGACUGGUCCGAUAGCGUCUGGAUCCGCUCCAGGGACGCCGCGGGCCGGAUGGUGCCCGACAGCUGCUGCAAGACGCGCACCGACCUGUGCGGCCGCAGGGACCAUCCGUCCAACAUCUACAAGGUGGAGGGGGGCUGCAUCACCAAGCUGGAGAACUUCAUCCUGGACCAUCUGAAGAUCAUCGGCGCCGUGGGGGUCGGGAUCGCUUGUGUGCAGGUCAUCGGGAUGGUCUUCACCUGCUGCCUGUAUCGAAGUCUGAAGGCCGAGCCGUACUAAGAGGAGCAGCAGCAGAAAAGUGUGUGUGUGUGUGAGAGAGUGUGUGAAGGAGGUAACUCCAUCGACCACAUGCUGUACUCAAAUAGCCCAUUGGUUCUUUUCUUUGACUUUCUACAUCGGGGGAGAGAAACAUUUUGGCGAGGGGUCAGAUCGCUCGUCUGAGGAUCUUAUUUUGAAAAACAUACACGGUUUCUUGAAGUAAUGAAGCACUCAAGCUGCAGUUUCUGCUCCAUCUGCGAGAUCCCAGCGCUGAGAGAGAGAGAGCGAGGGGGGGUGGGGGGGGUUGUUUAAACUCUGCUGGUGUAAAUUGGCGUAGCGAAGCCUCCUCUGGACUGAAGCGUCGUCCUUUCCCUCUUUAUACAUAUAUUUCUCUUUACGGUUUGCGGACCGAGAGCUGCACCCUGUGGGGGCAAAACGGGCCCUUUGCAGAGAAUGUGGCAUCUUUCCCUGGUCUCCAGCGCCCCCCCCGCCCCCUCCCCCACACUGCAGCACGACAUAUUCGUUCCAUUGUGGCCUUCCUAGUAAAAAAUAAUCACUUUUCAAACUGUUUUUAUAUUUUGUUAAUGAUGGUCUUCAAUGCUUUGAGGCUGUAUUUUUCAUUUCUUGUGCGUUUCCGUAGCAACGCCUCUGUGUGAGUUAGUGCCUUUUGUUAACGGCAGAACAUGUUGACGACGCAUAACAAGCCACUAAUAUUACUCCAUAAGAAAGCCUCAUGUUUGCUUUUUAAUGUUUUAUAUAAAUAUAUAUAUAUAUACACACAUAUUAAAGGAUUUAUCCUCUGAUGCCAAAGCUGUCAGCUGUUCUCUGUAAGGACCUUCUGCAUCUCCUCCAGCAUUGUUACUCUCUUGUGAUUAUGGCUACUAAUGAAGAUGUUGUUUACUUUUCUAUCGUUUUAUACAUUUAUUAUUGUAUUUAACAGACACCCCCCCCCCCUCCCCACGUGCCUCAAAGCCAACACUGAAUUAACCUGCUGUAUUUCUGAUGAUCCAGGAGAAUAAAACACUGAUUAACAAAA